CCUUAUGGACAAGCCGCCCCUGGUCAGCACGGAAGUACAAUGUGUCCUGUACGUACUGUGUGGACUACCGCAUGUCUUGAAUAGGAUUGGGGCAAAUUUGUCAUUGUCUGUAGAUUCUUUACACACGUUACACAGGAAAAUAAGGUAGUGUUAUGGUCCUUGUUCAACUUUUGAUGUGAUAAUGCAAAAAUGAAGAUGAAUCCGCUGUGUGUGACUGAACAGGUUUACACGAGCACUUGUAACUUAUUCUAUUUUGUCAUUUUUUGGUCGGGACAUGACCGUUUUUACGACAGUGUUUCUCCUUAAACCCCCCACUCUACCACCACCCUGCUAUAUGCUGCAGAGUGGGACAUGACGUGGCGCUGUGGAGGUGGGAGGCAGGGCUGGAGAUCUGCUGGGAGGCAGGAAUACCACCAAGUGAAGCUUUUUAAAGUUCUGGACAUUUCCAUCUGUAGUUUGACACGAGCUCAAUGUAAAAUGAGUGCUCUUCUUUUGUGGACAUUUGGGAACAACGUGCUCAUUCACUGACGUCCCGCCCUCGGGAGAGUCGUGCUCCAAAGAGGCUCAUGCACUCGAAUGAACUGCAAAAUCAGUGUUUCUAUGUUUUCAUGGCCGCCCCUCUGCCAGAAUCAUUCAGUUAAAAGUAAAAAAACACAUCUUAUACAUGUGAUGAAACCAGUGUUGGAGAUUGAGUCAGCAAGCAGCAUCAGCACCUAUAGAGGCUGAGGAGGAGUUCUGGUUGUAACUGACCCAGAAUCAGUUUCUCUCUGAGUUUCUGUCUGCAGACGCAGGACGGAAAGUUUCCAAACUGAGCCCAGACCAGUGCGACAGAGCUAACCUCAGCCGACCCCUUCUCAUUCCUGUGGUUUCAAGGGGGGAGGUCCCAGCUCCCAGUUUCCUGAGGAAAGACAUACAGCCUCAUUUGAAUAUCCCAUUCCCCCUUUCUGGAAAGUUCCCUCUCAGGGGUAUAAAGAGCAGGAGGAUGUCUCACAGACACACUAUCCGCAGGACACAAAUCCGAAGAGAAGCUCUGUGAAUCUGUGCCAGAAUGAAAAUUGCAGACAUCAAAGCAUCUCAAGGCUGCCGCAGCUGCUUUCCGAGACUGACAGGAUGUGGAUGACUAGCAUCGUAGCUUUUUGUCUGCUGGCCCUCGCGGCCUCUGCAGAGGAAAAGAAGCUGAGCAGCCACGCCGCCACGCUGGCCGACAGCAGCGCCAGUCUGGCCUUCAGGCUCUACCACAGCAUGGCAAAGGAGAAAGACACAGAGAACAUCCUCAUCUCCCCCGUGGUGGUGGCCUCCUCUCUGGGCAUGGUGGCUCUCGGGGGCAAGUCCUCCACCGCCUCCCAGGUCAAAACCGUCCUCGGCGUUGACAAACUGAAGGACGAGCAUCUGCACGCAGGCCUCUCCGAGCUGCUCUCCGAAGUGAGCGACGCCAAGACACGCAACACCACCUGGAAGAUCAGCAGCCGCCUCUACGGCCCCAGCUCCGUCUCCUUCGCUGAUGAUUUUGUGAAAAACAGCAAGAAGCACUACAACUACGACCAUUCCAAGAUAAACUUCCUCGACAAGAGGAGCGCAGUGAACUCCAUCAACGAGUGGGCGGCCAAGGCCACGGACGGCAAGCUGCCGGAGAUCAUCAAGGACGUGCAGAACCCGGACGGAGUCAUAAUCGUCAACGCCAUGUACUGGAAGCCUCACUGGGCUGAGACGUUCAACGAUAAAAUGGUGGACGACCGUUCCUUCCUGGUUACUCGCUCUUUCUCCGUCGGAAUUCCCAUGAUGCAUCGCACAGGCCUGUACGACUUCCACGAUGACACGGAGAACCGUAUCCUCGUGCUGAAUAUGCCUCUGGGCCAGAAGCAGGCGUCUCUGAUCGUUAUCAUGCCCUACUUCCUGGAGCCCCUGGCACGCCUCGAGAAACUCCUGAGCAGGAAGCAGGUGGACACCUGGAUCAGCAAGAUGGAAAACAAGGCUGUGUCCAUUUCCCUUCCCAAAAUUGCAAUUGAAGUCAGCCACAACCUGCAGAAACAUCUGGCUGAGCUCGGCCUGACCGAGGCCGUGGACAAAUCCAAGGCUGAUUUGUCCAACAUCUCCGGAAAGAAGGACCUCUACCUGUCCAACGUCUUCCACGCGUCCGCCCUGGAGCUGGACGUGCAGGGGAACCCGUUCGACAACAGCAUCUACGGCUCCGGCAAGCUCAGUAACCCCAAAACUUUCUACGCAGAUCACCCCUUCAUCUUCCUGGUGAAGGACAACAAGACCGACUCCAUCCUGUACAUCGGCAGAGUGGUGAAACCAAAAGGAGAGAAGAUGCGCGAUGAGCUAUAAUGUUAGUGUUUUGAAUUGUGAAGGGCGGCUUUUGUUAUUUCUUAAAAACGGUGGCUGGAAAUUAUUAUGGUAUAUGACCUUUACCUCCAAUAGGCGACCUGUGGACUGAGCACCUGAACUUACUGUGUCAGGACGCACUCAACCUUCCCAGGUUAUUAGGUCUCAGCCUCAAGACCCCUUGCAUUGAAUAAUGUUCCAAAUAUGUCCAACUAUUUGCCUUAUUUACGAUCUCUGUAAACAAAACGACAGACAACGCGCUUAUAUUAAGUCGGUUUUCUUAACACUCUGUUUUUGUCACUAUUGCAAACCAAUGCGCGUUUUCUUGUAUCCUCUUUAAUGUUUAAAGAAGAAAGAAAUGUCUCUUUCCCUUCACCAUUCCAGUUUUCUUUCUUUAUUUCUUUUUGUGGGCCUUCGGCCUGCACUGAAUUGUUUCCCUGGUGCUUCAUUCACAUCCACUCUCUCACCAGGUGGUGCCAUGUUGUCACUGUGUUCCACAAUGAAGCUGUUGAAAUUGUGUGUCAUGUAAUAAAGUUGUGAUUUUUUUCAAUAAAUAAUAACAAAGACAA